AUGUUGAGCUGGCUGAAAGGCGGCCAGGUCCAGCCAGGAAACGCACCAGUCGUCCCUGCCAAAGUGUCAGAUCCCCUGUGGGACACCUCUACCCCGCACCGAGAUGUUGAUAGUGGGUCAAACACAUCGUCCUCCGACGAGGAAGGUGACUCUACUCUAUUUCAAUGCCAAUGUCUUCAUUAACUUGCUGACAUUCAAAGACGAUGAUGACACGGUCCCCCCGCAAACUCCUCCAGCGGUAUUUGCCCUUAAAGCCUUUCGAACGACUUUGUUUGGAACCCCAGCUCCGCCCAAGUUCGAGGAGAAACCACCGCAUAAAAGGGCAUCGAAAUCGAAUCCACAACCCGUCAAAGAGGAGAAGGAUGAAGUUAUAUCCAAGGACUUGCCCUUGCCCCCGAAGCGGAACCCCGGACCAUUAGAUAAAACCGAAGGUUUAGAGGCCUCGAGUAACAACACCAUUGUGCAACCAAUUCCGUUCAAAAUUACUAGAAGGCCCAAUCUAUUUGACCCAUCAUCUAUUGCUACUUCAGAGCUGCCGCCCAACCUGGCCAAUGGUACUCCCGUCAAACGCCCUGUCUCGCCAACUAAAGGAAUCCUCAUGACUCCUGGCACAGCUAUGGCUCGUAAAAAGGCUGUAACAUUCCAUCCUUCAGUUCCUGCAGCUACCACCCCACCCAAUCGCAAUGGCCACAUCAGAUCUGGUCUUCCGCAUGAGUUUCCAGGGAAGUUUCCAAGUCCCUGGACCCCUAAGGUAUCUACCGCCUCUCAUCACCAACGCUCUGCAUCUUGUUCGGAUCCAAGUUCCCCACGCCUCCCCGACGAUGGUGAGCAGUCAGGGCCUGCUGAGAAAGCUGAGAAGGGAAAGCAGCCUCAGAAAUCAACUGCCCCUAUCCUUGCUGGAUACUACGAAGUUAAUGAGGACAGCCGUAUUGGCGAUUUCCUGGACGAAUCUGAAGGUGAUGAAGACAUACCGGAAGAGCCCCAGGAGAUAGAUGCUACUAUGGACAUGGAAGUUCCCCGGUCCAAUUCUGGGAAAUACUGGAAAGAGCGCACCGAAAAGAUUGAAGGGUUAGCUUUGUCCAAGGUCGAUAGGCUCAAAACCCGAUGCAAAAUUGCCACUGGAUACGCGAAACAGAAGGAUGAGCUAUGUGUCGAUCUCGCUGAGAGGAUCAGAGAGUUUACGGAGAAGAACAAAAGACUGAAGAUUGAGCUGAAGCGCCUAUCCGCCAGUGCCUCUGGGGCGCCAUCAACAGCGACUGGCUACACGAAUACAUUCACUUCCUCUUCUUCCUAUAACAAUCAUGUCCUUGAACAGGCUAUGCAUACAAUUAGGGAGAAGGAUGCAGAGCUAGUUGCAAGUAAGCAGGAGCGGGAACGAAUGGAGGGUGUCAUUGAAGGGCACAAGGAAAGAUUACAAGCAUUUGAAGAGAUGUUGGAUCAGAGAGAAAGCAAAAUCACGGAACUUUCAAUGAGCAUGUUUAAUGGAAAUGAUGGUCAAGACCUCGAAGAAGUCGUGGCAGAUUUAAAAAAGAAGCUAAAAAGUGCUAAACUGGAAGCCAAGGAGUAUGGACUAGUCCGACUAGAAGCUAAGAAUUUGAGAGAGAGAGUCGACGGCUUGGAAAGGGGUUAUUUGGAGGUAACGACAGAAAAGGACAGACUUCAGAGAGAGUUGGAGAGGAUGAGGUCAAUCGAGGAGGAAGGAGACAAAAGUAUGAAUAGGAUACGAUCCAACACAGAAAACCGGCUCAGAGUGCAAGUUGAAAGUUUGGAGAAGGCAAGAAAGGACUCGAGGGCCGAACUUCGGGAGAAGUCCCUGAACGAGGCAAAGGAGAAGAGAGAAUCUGAACGGAAGUGGAGGGCCGAGGUGGCAGAAGCCAAAGGGAAGACUGCAGCUGCUGAGUGGGAGAAGGGGAAACUCGACAAGGAAAUCGGGGACCUUAGGGAGUAUACUGGAAGACUUGAAAGAGAGUUGGAGCGGAUGAAGGCGGAGCUAGAUGAACUUAGGAGAUCUGGUGGCUCGUCAUCAGGUACAGCUGGAGACGACAUCAGAGAAUGGCAGACGAAGCAGAAAACCACAAUGCAGGAGCUACGCAAAGUUAAGGAAGAAAAUUAUUCCUUGAAGACGCAAAAAUCUGGACUGGACGAUCAACUCCGAGAUGCUAAGAAGGAAAUCGAGAAACUAAGACUUCAAUCGAACGGUGCUGCAAAUGUCAACGUUACAACACUCCCCACCACAUCGAGUCGGGAGGGCAAAGAGCCGGAAAGUGCAAGCGACGAUAGCGCAGUAGAUCGCAGCUUCGACCGCCGAAAUCGGCCAACUACCUCACCGCCCCCCGCGCCAUCCACCCCCCGAAGCCGAAGUCCCGUGAAAUUCAACAGCCCACCGCCAAAAUUCCCAACACCCUCCUUUGCAGAAACCCCCAAGCAAACAAACAGCAAGCUCCUCGACCUUGACAUCGAAUCCUCCCCCCUCCUGCCAGACCUACCCCCAGACACUCCUGUUGCCGACGGCAACGAGUACACCAACUUUCAACAGCUGCGCGACCGAAUGGCCAGCCCCCGAGCUUCCAUGGUCAAUAUAGCCCCAACUCCUCCAAGCUCUGGCCCUGUCGGGAAAUUUACAAGGGUUGGUAAGGUCGUUGGGAGACGUGUAAGUAGCGGGGCGGGGGCGGCGGGCGGGACUCGAAGGGCCCGCUCCUCGGCAAUGGACCCUGCACGGAAAGCCGCUGCGGAAAAGAGGCUUGCUGACAGGAAGCGAAUGAGAGGUGCUGCUGCUGCUGGGAACAAUGCGUAA